AUGCAGGACGAGCGCAGCAGCCCGCCGCCACCGGCCGUGGCGGACGCGCUCUGGGCGACGACACCGACGCCCUUGGCUGCGCCGCCGGCCACCUUCGCCGCCCUGCUCGGCCGCCACAUUGGCACGGCCCGCACGCGCGGCUUUGACGACAACGUGGGCAAGCAUCUGCCUGCCCCCAGCUGCGACCUGCCUCCUGGUGAUGUCUGGUUCGCUGCAUGCAGCAGACUAUACGAGGAAAUCAUCCUGGUGCCGGACGGCUCGGCUUACAGGAAGCCGCUGACGAGUCUGCGGUCGGCGCUGGACUCUGACGCGCGCUUCUCGGAGGCGCGCUGCGCCAAGGUACUGCCGAUCGCUCUAGCCGCCUACCAGGAGGGGCUGCCGGCCCGCUACUCCCAGGAGUACCACACCACCAAGGUACUGGAGCUGUAA